AUGGCUCGCUGGCACAUCCUGGCCUUGGCCCUGUGCUCCUACCUCGGGGUAGCCUGGGCUGCGACCACUCCACUCUUGUGUCCUGCAGUGCCCCUGGUGCACACCCUCGCCCUCGCUCCUGUGGUUGAUGGGGAUUUCCUCCCAGACACGCCAGAGAAGCUCUUUGCCAACGCUGCUGACAUUGACUACCUGGCCGGGGUCAAUGACAUGGACGGGCACAUCUUUGCCGGCGUGGAUUUACCCGCCAUCAACGGCCCGCUGCGGAAAGUCACUGCGCUGGGCUACCUGCCCAAGCACAGGACUGUCUCAAAGGCCAUGAUUGCUUACUGGACCAAUUUUGCCAGGACUGGUGAUCCCAACAAAGGGCAUUCAGAUGUGCCCGUUUCCUGGCCAGCCUACACCAACAAGGCCAAAUACUACCUGGAUAUCAACAACAAGUUGAACAAGAACUCAGUGAAGCAGGACCUGAGAUCCCGCUUUGUGACCUUCUGGAACUCAGUCUAUCUGAAUCUGCCACAGGUUGCCAACAUCUCCCAGUCAGAGUUAAUGUUCUGAAGCUAAGAAAAGAAACAGCUUUUAGAGAUCAUUAAAGGCUUGCUUGUAACUGA